AUGAUAUGAGAGACGAAAGAAUUUCAGAAACAUCUGCAAAACAAUAGGCAUAACUUCUAACAUGGUUGACACGCUGGUUACCGCAAGCCAAAAGCAGCUAAUACAGCAAGUUAUCCACUUAGAAAUCCGACGGAACAUUGCGAGAGAAGAGUUUGAGGAGUCGGAGGGUGUAGGAGGCUGUUACUAACUUUGGAUAAACCGUGCUAAGUUUCUUGGCUCGGUACUUACGAAACUGCCAUGUGAAAACGUUUAAGUUUAUUCUUCCCGUAUGCACCGACAGAGAAAUACCACAGGCAUCGAUUUAUAUAACGAUUAUAAGUUAAUUAAGCGCUUAAAUGUGCUGUUUAUCAGAACUACCUUAAAGGUCGCGCGCCAAGAGAAAAUCGAAGGGUGUCUUCGACAUCUCGUCAGAACGGGACCUUCUCCGAGCAAACACAUUUCCGGAAUGUUGUAUAACGCAAAAGUAAAGGAAAGAUGGUAUGGAGGAGGAAUAGUGUAUGCAGACGCGAGCCUAUAUCAAAAGUUCGCUUCCGUUGGGGUUUGCGAAAAAGGAGACGAUGACAUAGCUGCGUUAGAUAAAAAGAUGGAAUGUCAAUUUUAUGAUGCUGAAUACAAUCGAAUUAAUUAACCUGCCCAUCGAAGUAUGAUCGGAUCUACUCUUCGACGAGCACCUGCUCGUCAUAUGUUACUACGAAAGACAAGAAUCGAUUAAACUUUAAAUUGAGAGGGUUGCAUUGGAUCAACUUAGUCAUAGGUAUGUCAUGGAACAUGACACAUUCGUGCGCCGGUCAAUCCAGUUUGACACUUUACUGGACAGUUAUCUGUCAUUCACAUUUUUCUUUUUUUUUUUUUAGCAACUGUCGGUUGCUCGAGAGUUAAUUGAUUGAGUUCCAUUUGUCCAUUUCCGGACAAACUCAGUAUAUGUCGCGAUUGAUUAAUCUUGCUACUAAGGAUUGAAAUCUUGCAUAGCAAACAUAUAUAUGCUUUUCUACCUAUUUGUAUUUCUAUUUCAUGAA